AUGUCAGAUCACGCCCUAACAAUCGUCACCCUUUCAUUUAUCGGCCUUCUCAAACUGGUUUUUUGUUCCAAUUCCAUUCACUACAUCCACCACUACUGCUCUUUAGAAGUUAACAAAACCCAAAACGCCGCUUUCCAAGACAACGUAGACCGCCUCCUCUCCGAACUCUCCUCCAAAUCCUAUGGCAACAGUUUCUACAACUCCACAUCAGGAGACAACGACAAAAAAGUUUACGGCUUAUUCCUUUGUCGAGGUGACGUCUCCCCCGGAGUCUGCCGUGACUGCAUCGACUCCUCCACCAAAAACCUCAAACAAAACUGCACCCACAACAAAGAGUCAAUCGUUUGGUACGAGGAAUGCAUGCUGAGAUAUUCAAACCAUUCCAUCUUCGCCACAGAGGAGGAGAUGCCGUGGCGGUAUUGGUGCAGCGUGAACAAAGUUUCCAACACGGACCAGUUUAAUCAGAGUUUGUCCACCUUGAUGAAUGGGCUUGUGGACAAGGCGGCGUUUGGCAAUACCACUCCACCGUUUUUUGCGACAGGGGACGACAAGAAAGGCGGUGGCGGCAUUUCAAUAUAUUGUUUGAUGCAAUGCACGCCGGACAUAAAUGGGAGUGAGUGUCAAAGGUGUUUGAAGGCGGCUGUCGGCGGUUAUCAGGAGACUUGUGAGGGGAGGACAUGGUCUAUGAUAUUUUCGCCUAGCUGUCAGGUGAGGUAUGGGUCUGAUCCUUUCUAUGGGGAAGGAAAGCCAAUCAAAAGUGGCGGUGGAAGAGGGAAGAACAAUUCAUAUGUGGCUGUUGCAGCGGUAUUGUGCAUGGUUCUGUCUGGCUUAUUGGUUAAUCUACGUGCAUGA